AUGUUUAGGAAAUCCAGGUCCGGCCUCUGGCAAGAAAUUGUGACAGUUCCAGCCAAUCAGACAUUUCUAAUGCCAGAAGGGAUGAGCUUUGAGGAGGCUGCCACCUUUCUGGUCAAUUACAUUACAGCCUACAUGGUGCUCUUUGACUUUGGCAACCUGAGAUCCAACCAGAGUGUCCUCGUCCACAUGGCAGCAGGUGGAGUGGGAUCUGCUGCAGUCCAGCUCUGCAAAACGGUGGAAAAUAUUGCCAUUUUUGGUACAGCCUCUGCCUCUAAGCAUGAGACCCUCAAGGAGAAUGGAGUCACCCACCCCAUUGACUACCGGGCAUCUGAUUAUGUGGCAGAAGUCAGGAAAAUCUCCCCCAAAGGUGUAGAUGUGGUUUUGGACCCCUUGGGGGGUUCGGAUACCACAAAAGGCUUUAACCUCCUGAAACCAUUGGGCAAGCUAAUCACCUACGGGGUAGCCAACUUGCUAACAGGGCAGAGGAAGAACUUGGUGGCUAUGGCAAAGACCUGGUGGAACCAGUUCAGCAUCAAUGCAAUGCAGCUGCUUGAUUAUAGGAACACGGAAUAA